UAAUUCCAACGGCGGCGUGCAUUGUCUCCAAUGUAAGCAAAGAAAGGCAUACACAAGGUAAAGAUACUAUAUUGUGUUGCUUAUGUGGCAAAAAUAAUCAUGUUAUCUUUCAGUGUACAAAGGCAAACAGCAUGACGUUGGAGGAGAAAAUGAACAGCAUCAAAAAAUCUGGUUUUUGUUUUAUCUGUCUCAAGAAGGGUCAUUUAGCAAAUAAAUGCAAAACAUUUACAAAAUGUUUGUCUUGCCAUAAGAGACAUAAUGUAAUCCUGUGUCCCAACGUACAUAAAACAGAAAGUACCCUGUUUACUAAACAUAAUGAAACUUUUUUACAGACAUUGAUAGUAACAGUCAGCUAUAACGGGAGAAACAUGAAAGUUAGAGCGUUGUUGGACAGCGGUUCGCAAAGGUCGUACGUCAAGAGUUCGGUAGCAAAAGAAUUGAAGCUAGAGAAGGUAGGAACAGAAAACAUUAAACACACAUUGUUCGGAGGUACCACGGGACCCGCUCGAGUCUACAAUCAGAGAAAGUUAAACGUAAGUAAUAUAGAUAACUCAUUCUCUUUUCAGAUGUUAGUACUGGAGCAACCAAACUUGUGUGGGAGCCUACCUAGUAUAAAGGAUGAUGCAACUUUGUUGCAAGAAUUAAAAAGCCAUAAUAUUCAGAUCAAUGACAAGAACAUUGAAAUAGGGCUUUUGAUAGGUUCAGAUUACUUUGGGUCCAUAAUGACAAAUAAUUUGUUUUCCAUUAAUAAAAGCUUGCUAGCAGUGGAGACAAAAUUAGGAUGGACAAUACAAGGACCUACACAAAUGAAUGAUUCCACCGUGAACAAUGUCAGUGUGUCAUACGUGUCACAAUCAGAUAUUUGUAAUUUAUGGAAUAUUGAGCUGUUAGGCAUUAGAGACCCCUAUGAAAAACAGGAAAAAGAAGUGAUCAAAGCAGAAAUAUUAAAAUGUUUUAAUAAUAAUAUUUCAGUAAAUGAAGAUGGCCGCUAUGAAGUAUCUCUGUUAUGGAAGGAAGGGUGUCCAGAGCCUGACGCAAACUACGACGUAGCGCAAAAACGACUGCAGAGCACUACGAGAAAACUUAUAAAAACAGGUAACCUUCAAUCAUAUUCUGAUGUUUUUAAAACAUGGCAGAGAGAAGGUAUCAUUGAAGAAGUGAUAGUGGACAAUAAGAAUGAAGGCCACUACAUUCCUCACCACACUGUCAUAAAGCCGUCUAGCACGACCACGAUGUUACGACCCGUGUUCGAUGCGUCGGCUAAAGACUGUAAAGGUUUGUCUCUGAAUGACUGCAUAGAUAAAGGCAUUAACCUUAUUGAACUCAUACCUAAGCUGUUAAUUUUAUUUAGAAGAGGAGCUUAUGGAGCGAUUGCAGACAUAGCUAAGGCUUUCUUACAAAUCUCAGUCUCGAAGAAUGACAGAAAGUAUUUAAAAUUCUUGUGGUGGAAGGAUUUUGAAAUGCAGCAAGAAGUAGUUACUUAUCAACAUAAUAGAGUUAUGUUUGGGGUGAACUGUAGUCCCUUUCUUUUGGCUGCCACAAUUAAUUUCCAUUUAGAUAACUGUGGUAACAAGUAUAGAGAAACAGUUCAAAAGUUAAAAGAGUCCUUUUAUGUGGACAACUGUACAGCCAGUUUUGAUACAAUAACACAACGUGAUAACUUCAUUUCACAGUCGAGAGAAAUAAUGGCGAUGGCGAAAUUCGACCUACGUGGCUGGGUUACUGCUCCUGAAAGAAUGGAAGGAGCUGUGAAAGACACCCACGUGCUGGGAUUAACGUGGAAUACCGAAGAGGACACUUUAUGCUGUAACAUCAAUUCUAAUGAAAACUAUAAAGGAAAAAUCACAAAGAGAUAUUUACUGUCCGUGACACAGCAAAUUUUCGACCCUCUAGGAAUCGUCUGCCCGGCGACAGUUGUACCUAAGCGCCUACUCCAAAAAGUAUGGAAAAGAAAAUUCGACUGGGAUGAAGAAAUAUGUCCAGAGCUAGCACGUGAAUUCAAGAUAUGGCAAAGUACAAUACAUCUACUAAAGAAAUGCAAAAUACCUAGACGGUUAACAGCAGCACCAAUUAAGAAGUGUAAUAAUAGCAUCCACACUUUUUCAGAUGCAAGUGAAGACGCAUAUGCGGCCUGUGUAUACCUGCGGACUGAACAGGAAGGCAAGGUGCAUGUACAACUCAUAAUAGCUAAAAGCAGAAUCGCCCCAGCGAAUAAGAAGAUGUCUUUGCCACGGUUGGAGUUGAUGGGGGCUGUGAUAGCCUCGCGACUGUACAGAGAGGUCAUUGACAGUGGACUCAUGACACCAGAAACAAAUUAUAAUUCUUAUUUUUGGACAGAUUCGACCGUAGUGCUUGCAUGGGUAAAACAACAGCGUCAAUGGAAACCAUUUGUAAGCAAUAGAGUAAAAGAGAUAUCAAGAAACUCAGAUAUAGACUCAUGGAAUCAUAUAUCGGGGGAUUGUAAUCCUGCGGACCUGCCUUCUCGCGGUUGCAAUGCAAAUGCGCUGCUCGAGAAGCGUUGGUGGGAAGGACCGACGUGGUUGCGUAACAGGCAGGAUUGCUGGCCCAUAUCAAGUUCAAUACAGGCUAAACCAAAUGAAGAAAUUGUAAGAAAAGAAGAAAAAUCACAGUCUCACGUAAACAUGUCUGUUACUGAACCUCUGUUUAGUAAGAGGUUGUUGUAUUUUUCAAAAUACAACAAAAUAAUCAGAUUGGUAGCAUGGUUACUUCGUUGGAAUCCUAAGAAGGAGGAUUUCGCCGGGGGACAUUUACCAAACAACUUCAAGACACGACAAAGCAGCGACGGUGUACUUAGAGUCAAGACAAGACUGGAACUAAGUCACGAACACAAAGAUUUCGUAAACCCGAUACUGUUAUCUGGAAAAAACGAAAUCGUGAGACGGUUCGUACGACAGCGACACGAGAUUCUACAACACGCAGGGACACAGACUUUAAUGUCUAGCAUCAGAAAUGAAUUCUGGGUUUUAGGCAUAAGACGUCUCGCAAAAAGAGUUGUUUCAGAAUGUGUCAUCUGCAAGAAGUACAAAUGUAAACAUUACGAAGUUCCAGAGGCACCCCUGCCCACAGACAGAGUGGAAAGUGUGACGGCCUUCCAGACUACAGGCAUAGAUUUUGCGGGACCGUUGGUUCUACGAAAUCAGACGAAAUGUUGGAUCGCUCUAUUCACGUGUGCGACAUAUAGAGCAGUACACCUCGAACUAGUGGAGUCAUUGUCAACAAACAGCUUCAUAAUGGCACUACGAAGAUUCAUUGCUCGAAGAGGACGAAUACAAGUCAUAUACACGGACAAUGGAACAAAUUUUCAAGGUACUGCUAACUUGUUAAAUAAUGUGGAUUGGAAGGAAGUCGAAGUUACCACAGCCGUACUACCACAGCCGAUAAAAUGGAAGUUCAUCCCGCCCGCUUCUCCUUGGUGGGGAGGAUGGUGGGAACGUCUGGUGCGCGUCAUGAAGGAAAUGCUACGUCGGAUAUUGGGAAAAGCGUCAUUAUCAUGGAUAGAGCUGACCACCCUGCUAUGUGAAUGUGAGUCGGUUAUGAAUAACCGUCCCUUGACGUAUAUAGCUACAGACGACGACACGCCACGCCCCUUGACACCCGCUUUAUUUUUACAGGGACUAUCCACGGCAGAGACACCUGAUUUAGACGUAAUCGAUGCUCACAAUAUGAACAUCAGAUUGCGGUACCUGCAGACCCUGCGGACGGAGUUUCGACAGAGAUUUAGAAAUGAAUAUAUUUCGUUACUUAUUAGCAAGAACAAAGGUAAGUCGAAAUUCCCGUCGGUAGGCGACGUUGUCUUGAUACAGACUGAUGCAGGUCGUCUCUAUUGGCCUCUUGGCAUAAUAAAAGAAUUGGUUACAGGUAACGACGGCAUAACAAGAGUCGCGAAAGUACAGACUGCGAUGGGAGAGAAGAUAAGAAGUUGUCAACGCCUCUACCCAUUAGAAUUGUCGGCAGUCACUGACGAGUGGCAUACACCUACUGUCCCUAAGCAAGGUGAGCCCGACAGUGCUGACUUGCGGGCUGGAUCUAGCUGUGUUCUAGACCCAACUGCAAACUCUCACAUUGACGAGACACCCGCGAUAACAGUGGGUGAUGAGUCACACCCCUCGUCUACCACUACAAGACACGGUAGAGUCGUUAAGCUCCCACGCAGAUUUUUGGACUGAAUAUGUGGUAUGUAGAUCCCUUUCUAAUGUGUAAUAAGCAUAUUGACUUGCCUAUAAAUUUGGUAAAUAACAAAUUUGGUGAAUUUGGACUGUGCCAGUGGUUUUUGUUCUUGAAUUGUCUACGUGACGAGUGAAUUUGGAGAAUCUGACAUUUAUAUUAUGUGUAUGAUCUUUAAUUUCGAAUGGUUAGCCUAUUGGGAAAAUUUAUGACAUGUUUACAAACGAAUAAUGACCUAAUGACUUAAUAAUGAAUAAUUUGAAUGCUAUAGAUUUGUAAUUCAGUACAAACACAUUGUGAGAUUUGUUUAUUUUAACAAUUGUGACGUAGAAUAGUGUAAUAUGUAAAGUUCUAUUUCAGCAUAGGAAGACAUGUUGCACUAGCUUUUCUUUUGUAUGACGUAACCUCUUAGGAUGGUUGAUUUGUUUACCUUUACUUAACAUGUUACAAUGUACUUGUAGCUAUUGUUUUGAUAACUUUGUACUGAUGUAUUACAAUUUGUAAUUUAAUAUAUUUUUUUGACAAUUUCAAUUUUGUAUUGUAAUCUAGACUUGAAUUGUUAAUUGUAAAAUGGGUCUUAUUUCGUCAUAUUCUGCAGUGGUUUUUUUUAUUGUUUGUUAUUGACAAUGGUUCGGAGUUGCCUACUUAUUCCUUUCUUAUUUCGUGGUUUAGAGGAUGUUGUGAAUUAGUUGUAGUGGCAACACUAGCAUUUAUAAAAAAAAAAAAAAUAUAGAUUGUCAGACUGACGGAUGACAAUUGUCUUUUCUUUUUGAGACCGGGCUGCUCCGAACCCCG